ACAAGACCAUAUGGUCAUGUCCUGCUACUUAAACUAGUUUUGCGUGGCCUCCCCAUUUGUCUUGCUUUGCCGGAUGAACCCCGAGCUGAUGCUGUCACCAUCCAAAGAGACCUGCAUAUGGUGAUGAGUAUGCCCUCGGAUGAUGAGACUAUGCAGGGUUGUUCAUGGUCCCCUUUUCUUCUCUCUCCCUCUCUCUCUUUCUUAUCAUCUCAGAUGCUCUUGGCCUUCUUCUUUUCUCACCGCUUUCCUCUUCUUUCUUUUUCCUCAGCCUCUUUCCAUCUUAACCAGGCUGAUGCUGCUAAAUUCACCCACCUUCUUUAGGCAGGCUGCUAGGGUAGCAUGUUAGGCAGAUCGAGGAAGCCUCUCUCUCUCUCUCUCUCUCUCUCUUUAGGGGUCAGUAGCACACAGAUUCAUCUCUGAGCCUCCGCUGAUCUAUCUUUUUUGGAGUCAGCCCUAUCAUAUCAGGAAACAAAAGGAAAGAGAAGGCUCAGCAUAUAGGAGAUCAGGCCUAGCUAGUUUUGUGGUUCUUUCAAGGAAGGUCAGCUAGCUAAUGGAGGGAUUUGGAGUAGAGACUCCCUCUUCUUCCUCUUUCUUGUGGAUCCCAUCGGUGGCGGAGCUUGUACGACGAGCGCCGGCCCGACUUCUGGACCGUGAGCUCAUGUUUGACAAGGUGGUAACGCCCAGCGACGUCGGCAAGCUGAACCGCCUUGUGAUCCCGAAGCAGCACGCGGAGAGGUUCUUCCCCUUGGAGCCGGCUUUUGCGGACAAGGGCCUCGUGCUGUUCUUCGAGGACGGCGCCGGCAAGCAAUGGUGCUUCCGCUACUCCUACUGGAGCAGCAGCCAGAGCUACGUCAUAACCAAGGGCUGGUGCCGCUUCGUCAAGGAGAAGCAGCUCGAUGCCGGCGACACCGUGUCGUUCUUCCGCGCUCGCUCCGGAGAGGCCGGCCAGCGUCGACGCCUCUUCAUUGACCUGCAGCGCCGCAGGCACCGCCCUCGGCCAGUAGGACAUCAGGGCGUCCUCAUAGCUUCCACGGCGCCGCCCCUGCGCGGGAGCUGGCUGCCGCACUUCUACUACGGAUCGGUGGUGCCCCCGCAGCAUGUUGGAGCGCAAGCUGCCGCAGGUAGAGCCGACAUGGGGUCCAUGCCCGCGGUUUUGGACUCGGUGCCGGUGGUCCUCGCCGCUGCUGAGCCAAAGCGGAUCAGGCUGUUCGGAGUAAACCUAGAGUGCCCAGAGACGGAGGACAGAAAGAACUCUCCAUUGCUGCCUCCUUGUCAGUGGAGGACUGAAAGUGAUGAGUCCACCGACAUCUCCACAGAGAGGAGGCAGACCUCCAUGCACUCCCACUUCGGGUGCAGUGACAGGGAAGAAGGAAGAAGAUGAAGAGACCCUGAUCAUAGCCUUUCUACUUCUCAUCUGCCACCAUCACAUCUUCCUCAGUAGAAAUAAGCCUCAGUAUUUGGCCAGUCUUUUGAUUUCCUGAAACAUGGCUACUAAAUUGAAGACCUCGUGAUGUGUUAGAUGAGAGAGAGAAGAAGGGAGGGAUGUCAUUUCUGUAUUUGAUUUGUUCAUCUGAAACUUUUUGAUUCAAUUGUACAUGAUGAUGCAUCUUCUGCUUCACUCUCCAACUUACCACCUUCCUCUAUAAUUCUUCCUCCCUAAACCUCAAUUCUUGUGUGAUUCUGCGAUCUGUUUUCUUGUUCUUGGCAGGUUUCUUGCAGCCUGAUUGCCUUACAGACCAUUGCCCAAGGAGUACUAUCAGUGGCAUGCCAGGAGGACGAAGAAGAUGCAAGGUUGGCUUUCAUCCUUGUCACUGUGCAGUGGCC